UGUGACACAGCCCCACCACUGCGAAGCCCACGAUUUUUACUUCCAAAAACUGUGUGCUGAGGGCGGAAGCAACUAUCAAUGGCGGUUCCAGGGAGGCGCAACGGCAUGAACGACGACGAAGAGGACAUAGACGAUCACGCCCUUUUCGAGGAAGAAGGUUUCGUCGAAGACUACUCCGAUACCCCUCCUCACCUCCGCGACCUCUCCGCCGCCGCGCAGGUUGGCGACAUCAACGCCCUCCGCCUCGCUCUAGAUAACCUGACUGGUAGUAUUGAUGAGCCAGUGGAGGAUGGGGAUACUGCUCUUCAUUUGACAUGUUUGUAUGGCCAUUUGGCUUGUGCCCAGCUGCUAAUAGAAAGAGGAGCAAACAUUGAGGCUAAGGAUGAAGACGGUGCAAUUCCUUUGCAUGAUGCUUGUGCUGGAGGAUUUACUGAGAUAGUCCAACUGCUACUAAACAGAGCAAAUAACGCAGAACAUAUGAAGAGAAUGCUGGAAUCAGUUGAUUCUGAGGGUGAUACUCCUCUUCAUCACGCAGCAAGAGGUGAGCAUGUUGAUGUAAUUAGGUUGUUGCUGUCUAAUGGGGCAUCGUCCACAAAGGAAAACUUAUACGGAAAGACCCCGGCAGAUUUACCUGAUCAGAACACAGAUGCUCGGAGUUUGCUUCACGCUGCCGUCCCUGCCAUGGCAUGUUAAUCGCCUUAUGACGUUGGUCAGUAGAAGCAUUUAAUUUCAUUUUUAGAGAGGUGCAACACUUUUUGGACCAUAAAAUCUGUAUUACACACACUAUACUCUUUCUUCGAAUUCAAAAAUCAAAAUGAUUUAUCAGAGGAACAUCUUUGGAGUUUUAACAUUGGCUAGAGGAAAAGGAGGAUUCCCUUAUUACUUAUAUUUGAAA